AUGAACCUUGAAGAGAGGCAGCUGGUGAAGCAGCAGCGAGAGCUGAUCUCGAAAGGAAAGCAACUUGAACACGACGCCAAGUCGAGGAAGGAACAACUGCACAAGGAGAAGGCAGAGCUUAGCCAACAAGAGAGGCUUCUGAAUGAGCAAAAGCGUCAGGUGCAGUCGGAGCUGACGACCUUGAGCAAGCAAGAGGCCGAGCUUGAACGAAAAGCGAGAGAUUUAGAGACAGAGAAGCUGCUUCUGGCACACGAUCGUGCCGUACUGAAAGCUCCCUACUAUUGGCAGGGUCGAGCAAGCUCCGCGAGCACGGACAUCAAAGUCGACGUCACACGCGAGUGGAAGGACAAGAUACAAGAGCUCAUGACAUCGACAUGUAAGUCGCAGUACAUCGGCCAAGGAAGAGACAACUUGGGAUUGAAGCAUAAAGGCUACAACGUGGAGCGGGUCUUCCGUAUAGAGCACUCGGAGUUGUGGUCGGCAUAUGCCCUACAGCGAAAGGCUACAGGCUACCUCAUGAUGCUACAGGGCAAACGACACCCCAAGACCAAGGUGAGUACGUGGAAAGAUUGGAUGAAAAAGUCUCUCCUUCAGGAUAAGACCAGCAACGAGGUGUUGCUGUUCCAUGGCACCAAACACGACAUGGCGGAUGUUAUCUUGAAGGCUGGGCUUGACGAGCGGGUCUGCAGUCUAGAAGGCUUGUUUGGAGCUGGGAUCUACCUGGCUGAGAACUCGAGCAAGAGCGACGAGUACUGCACGCCAGACAGCCGCGGGAUCUGUCGUAUGUUUGUGGUGCGAGCUGUGCUGGGGACGCCUUACGAGGCCCUGCAAGCGAUGAACAACGCGAGGCGACCACCAGUAAUGCCGGGCAGUGACCGCCUGCAUGACUCAGUGAUUGGGGUGACACAGGAUACGCAUCCUUCAGCGUUCUUGCAAAAGUACAGGGAGUUCAUCGUCUACGACCGGCGACAGACAUACCCUGAGUUCCUUGUUGAGUUCCGUCGAGUGUAG